AUGGCUCAAAACUUGCUCUUCAUCACUGUCACCGUCGCUGCCAUCGCCUUCGUCUUGGCUGGUCCAGGAGGACACGGAGGUCCACGUGGAGGGGGUCAUGGAGGACCACGUGGCGGACACGGAGGACCACCAUUCCUCCAGAAUGUCACUCGUGAGGCAAGAAAGGAAUUCGAGGCUGUUUUCAGAAAUGAGACGUUGACUAUCGCUGAGAUUGAGGCUCAAACCGCAGCUCUCGCGGAUAAAUAUGGAGUUUCGGAAAGCUACAAAAAAUUCGAAGCUGACCGUACCGCCCAUCUCGCCGAAGUCAAGCAGAAUCAAACCGCCGUGAUCAACAACCUCUCUGCAACAUCUGACAAGCUCCGUGCCAUCUACCAGAACAAGGAUCAAACCCGUAAGGCUCAGGAGGAAGCAGUCGCUGCAGUUCGUAAGGAAAGUCCAGUUGAGGUUGAUACUAUCAAAUUCAUCCGUGCUCAAGUCGGCGGAGAACCACUCGGGCACGAACAUGGAGGACGUGGAGGACCACGUGGAGGACCAGGUGGAAGAGGUGGUCCAAGAGGAGGAGGUCAUGGACGUGGAUCCCAUUAA